AUGGCCACACAAAACAGCAGCACCGAAUAUGCCACCGCACACACAACCACAAUCUCAAAUUCACGCCUCAGAAUACUCAAUAAGCUCAAGAAUGGCGAGUUCCCGCUCAUGACAUUCAUGGCCAUCCCUUCCGUCCGCCAGGCCCAGAUAGUAGCCCUUACCGGUCUAGACGGAGUCAUCAUUGACUGCGAACAUGGCCACAUCGGCGACGACUCUAUGCACAAUUCUGUCGCCGCUAUAUCUGCCCUUGGAGCGUCACCCAUUAUCCGAAUUCGUGGCCCUGCGCAUGACAUUAUUAAACGAGCCCUUGAUACCGGUGCCCACGGUAUCAUGGUACCGCAGAUCAACAACGCAGAAGAAGCGAGAUCGAUUGUGCAAUCAUCGAAAUUCCCGCCUCAGGGUGUACGAGGGCAAGGAUCCGCGUUCCCGGCUAUUGGCCACGGACUCACGACACCAGAGUACAUGAUAUCCGCAAACGAGACCCUCUUGACAAUGAUUCAGAUUGAGACUCGCGCCGGUGUGGAGAAUGUCGAUGAGAUUGCUGCUGUUCCCGGUGUCGAUGUUCUAUUCAUUGGGCCCAAUGACCUUGCGCAAUCGCUGCUUGGAUAUGUGCCAGCGCGAGGUGAUGAGCCGGAGUUUGUGGCUGCUAUUGACAAGAUUGUGGAUGCGGCGAAGAGGAAUGGGAAAUGGGUCGCUCGGCUGGUGAAUAAUGGUUCGUUGGCCAAGGAGGCGAAGAAGCGGUUUGAUACUGUUGCGAUCACGGGUGAUACAAAGGCGAUUCAGAAUUGGUAUAUGGCUGAGAUUGAUGUUGCUCGUUCAUGA